UAGAUUUCAGUUUCUCCUUCUACUUCUGAUGUCUGUCUGAUUUUUUUUAUGAGAAAACACUGUCUCUUCUGUUUUUUCACUAUCAAUUCUUAAGGCAUUCAAGUUUAUCUUUCCCAUUUUAGUAUGUAACUUAUGUACACAGAAGAGUACAUGAUCCAGAUUUCCAAUUACAUACCUGUUUUUCCUUAAACUUAAAUGAAACACAAUAUGAUUUCUUCCAGGGUUGUGUAACACCAGCUCCAUCAUGAAUCAAUAUUCUAUUUACCUGUGGGUCCAUUGGACACUAUCUUCCAUUCCUGAGGUCCAUUUCUCAUUCUCUCUACUAGUCAUAAACUGAAAGGUGGAAUUUGAAUGUCUUUCAUGUAUAUUAUGCAAGCUUUCACGUUGCUCACAAGGUGUUGAAUGUUAGUCUUUUAUUGUAGUGUACAGCCAUAAUUUUUUUUUGUAAUGAUGAUCAAACUCAGGGCCUUGUGCUUGCAAGGCAGAUGUGGUACCACUGAGCUUAAUUCCUGGCCCACAGCCAUAAUGUUUUAACAAAUCAAUGAUGUGUGUAAUGAGGGACACAGUAAGUUUUUUUAGUGCUCUGUUUUGGUGAGGAAUUGGAGGCAGCAUCUCACUCUGUAAUCUUGACUGCCCUUGAACUUCUUACAUAGCCCAGGCUGGACCUUGAUCACUUGGCUAUCCUCAGAUUCAUGGCAGUCAUCCUGUUGCAGCCUUCCAAGUGCAGGAAUUACAGGCACAUUCCACCACAUGUGGAUGUAGUUUUCCUUUUGUAUUUAAUGAUUAAUUAUUUUGUGAUAUUUUGGUUUUCAUUACAUAUAAUAUAUUUCAUUAAUAUUCAUCCCCUCAUUACCUUCCCUUAUACCACCCUUAUAUUACUUACACGUGAGUGAAAGAUGACCACUUGGUGCCAAUGAGCUAUAAGACAAUAUGCCAACUUUAUCCUAUUUCAUUGAUCUUACAUAAACUUGCUCCAAGAAAACUUUCCUUUAGCAUUUUAAUUAUUCAUAAACCUUAUUUAAUAUUCAAUUUUUUCUAUAAGACCAGAUUCAAGUUUCAAAAUUCUCCAUGAGUGCAAAGAAAGUUGGACUGAAUACUGAGACUGUGACCUUUGAGGAUGUAGCUGUGAACUUUACUGAGGCAGAAUGGGCUUUGCUGAAUCCACCCCAAAAGAAGAUCUACAUAGAUGUGAUGUGGGAAACAUGUAUGAAUAUGACUGCUAUAGAAAGAACCUGUGGUAACCAGCAAAUGGAAGAGCAAUACAAAAAUUGUUCAAGAAAUCUAAGAAUUGAUGCAGACAAGUGUUUGAGAUUGGAAGAGAUGCUGUACAAAUGUAGUGAACAUGGAAAAACCUGGAGUGAUUUCCAGUCCUUUCAGAAACAUGAAAUGAGAAAGACUGGAGAGAAACAAUGGCAAUAUGAGCAAUGUGGGAAAGCCUACUCUGAUCUUAGUGAACAAACUCAUCCUGGGGAGAAAAUAUUUCUACGUAAGAAAAAUGUGAGUGCCUCCAGCACACUCAGUUGUGUUCAAAUCCAAGAAAGAAAGUAUGGUGUUGGGAGUCCAUAUGGGUACAAACAAUGUGAGAAAACUUUUAUGUCUUCAUGCUAUAUUCAACCAAAUGAAAGAAUUUAUGUUGGAGAGAAGCCCUAUGUAACUAAGGAAUGUGUGAAAGCAUUAUCUCAUUGUCACUCCUUUCACAAACAUAAAAUAAUUUACACUGGGAAGAACCCUUAUGCAUGUAAGCAAUGUAGAAAAGAAUUCACUUCAUGGACUUGUUAUGACAUACAUGAAGAAAACACUAGAGAUAAACCUUAUGUAUGUGAACAAUGUGGUAAAACUUUCAGCACACACACGCAGUGUCAUAGUCAUGAAAGAACUCACACCAGGGAGAAACCCUAUGUAUGUAAGCAAUGUGGAAAAGGAUUUGCUGAGAAGUCCUCAUGUGAAAGACAUAGAAGAUCUCACACUGGGGAGAAACCCUAUGUAUGUGAGGAAUGUGGGAAAGCAUUCAGCAAACGCAGUCACUGUCAACGUCAUAAAAGAAUUCACUCUGGGGAGAAACCCUAUGUAUGUAAGCAUUGUGGGAAAUCUUUCACCCAAAAGAGUGGUUGUCAAAUACAUGAAAGAAUUCACACUGGGGAGAAACCCUAUGUAUGUAAACAUUGUGGGAAAUCAUUCAGGACAUACAGUCACUGUCAAAAUCAUGAAAGAACUCACACUGGGGAGAAACCGUAUGUAUGCAGGCAUUGUGGGAAAUCUUUCACCCAAAAGAGUGAUUGUCAAAUACAUGAAAGAAAUCAUACUGGGGAGAAACCCUAUGUUUGUAAGCAUUGUGGAAAGUCUUUCACCCAGAAGAGAAGUUGUCAAAUACAUGAAAGAGUUCACACUGGGGAGAAACCCUAUGUAUGUAAGCAUUGUGGGAAAUCU